GCCGUCCUCCUCCUUCCCGGCAGCGCCCGCCGUCCCUUCCGGCUUGGAGCGGCGGCGGCGGCUCCGCGGGGCGGGCCCGCCCCGCCAUGGCGUCCUGCGCCGACAUCCUCCGCUCCGAGUUCCCCGACUUGGACGGCGAGCUCUUCGCUUACGUGACGGGGAUCCUGCACGGCAGCGGGGCGGACUUCGAGUCGGUGGACGAGCUGGAGGAGGCGGUGGGCGAGCUGCUGCGGGAGGUGUCGCAGGACACCAAGGACGACGGCGCCAUCAGGGAGAUCUGCCAGCGGCUCUUCAACACCCUGCAGCUGGACGAGGGCCAAGCCCAGCGCUGCAGCCAGGUGCUGCUGGAUGCCCCCAUCCAGCUUUCCCAGAUCACUGAUGGAUACGGCGACGCCAGCGCGGAUCUGCUGCCGGGGCUGUUGCUGAAGAGGGGCCAGACCUCGAUGGUGAAUGCCAAGAAACUGGAGAAGGCGGAAGCCAGGCUGAAAGCCAAGCAGGACAAGAGGCUGGAGCGGGAUUCCCUGAAGUCAUCUGGCCCUGUUGUCCUUGAGGAGGCGUCUGCCAGCCAGGCUUCCAGCAAGAAGGAGACUCGCAUGGAGUCAUCAGGCAAGAACAAGUCCUAUGAUGUGCGUAUCGAGAACUUUGACGUGUCCUUCGGUGAGCGCGUGCUGCUGACAGGAGCAGACCUGAACCUGGCCUUCGGACGGCGCUACGGGCUGGUGGGCAGGAACGGGCUGGGCAAGACCACGCUGCUGAAGAUGAUCGCCAGCCAGAGCCUGCGCAUCCCCUCACACAUCAGCAUCCUGCACGUGGAGCAGGAGGUGGCAGGGGAUGAGACACCAGCGCUGCAGAGUGUGCUGGAGUGUGACACCACUCGUGAGAGCCUGCUGCGGGAGGAGAGGGACCUGACAGCCAAGAUCAGUUCUGGCAGGGGAGAAGGGACAGAAGGUGCCAGGCUGUCAGAGAUCUAUGCUAAGCUGGAGGAGAUUGAGGCAGACAAGGCACCAGCAAGGGCGUCCGUCAUUCUUGCUGGGCUGGGCUUUAAUGCAAAGAUGCAACAACAGACAACCAAAGAGUUUUCUGGAGGCUGGAGAAUGAGACUGGCCUUAGCCAGAGCCCUGUUUGCCAGGCCAGAUCUCCUUCUGCUGGACGAGCCAACGAACAUGCUGGAUGUGAGGGCAAUUUUGUGGCUGGAGAGCUACCUACAGACCUGGCAGUCGACCAUCCUCGUGGUGUCCCACGACAGGAACUUCCUGAACGCGGUGGCCACGGACAUCAUCCACCUGCACUCGCAGCGGCUGGACAUGUACCGUGGGGACUUUGAGAACUUCAUGAAGAUCAAGGAGGAGAGGCUGAAGAACCAGCAGCGAGAGUAUGAAGCCCAGCAGCAGUACCGUGAGCACAUCCAGGUUUUCAUCGACCGCUUUCGCUACAACGCCAACCGGGCAUCCCAAGUCCAGAGCAAGCUCAAGCUGUUGGAGAAGCUGCCAGCGCUGAAACCUGUGGACAAGGAAUCUGAGGUGAUCAUCAGGUAAAUGUCCCCUGAGCCAUUGUUUGGAGGGCACC